CUGCAACUGCGGGACAAUAGGCUACUUGUGUUCGUACUGCAAGUGUCACCUUGUUAUAACCAUUUCUAACGCGGAUUCUUCACACCGAUUCGAGUACUGAGCAACAUGACGCGUUUAACUGCAGAGAGCGAUACCAGGGCCACUGUUGCCUUUUUGGAAGAGUGUAAGUUGUCCCACCCGCCUAUUAGAAGAGUGGUGGAUUCCAUGAAGUUGACUCACUCCAACAGCCAAUCCGAAUCCUUGCCUGACUCUAUGAGAUGUUUAAGUUCCUCCUCUUUGGUCGGAGACGUGAAGGCUGAAUCUGUGAUUGAAAGCACAGAUUACACAGGGGCGGAGACAAAAGCAACAUUCAACAGAAGUGAUGACACAGAAGAGAGGAAGACUGUAUAUGAGAUGACCCAGGAGGAAAAAGACAGACUGUCCAACAUGAAAGAGGAAGUGGAGGAAUGUGAGGAGAGGCAGAGUGUGAAAAUAGAGAGAGAAGAUGGUGUGAGAGAUGCUGAGGGACUGAGAAAAGAGCAAGAAAAAACAAGGGAUGAACAGAAGGGGAAGGGUGUAGCUUAUCUAACCUGUCAGACUCGCAAAUUUGAGAAGAAUGGAGUGAAAUCAGAAUACGGUCAACAGGACAUGGAGUUGUCCAAUCUGGUCACUGCCUGCCUACUGAAACAGCCGAGAGUGCUUAUUCACCGAAUAAAAAUAACAGGUAAUUCAGAGUCACCACAUUCCUUUGCCAGGAAAGAAGACCAGGCAGUGAUAUCUCGACAGAGAUUGCAGGAGCUCUCACCAAUGAAGGGAAAGUGUUCACUGAGGCAGAAGGGCCAGGUCAUGACCUGGAAGAGAAAGAUAAUUGACCAGCUGGCGAGACCGCACAAACACCAGUUGGCUUCAUCAGAGAAUGGGCUCUGUAUUGAAACCUCCAAUAAUCCUACAGACAUCUCCCCAAGGAACCAGAACACAGGACAAACUGUUAAGGCAUCGUCUGAGGUCUUUUCCUGCUCUCAGUACCCACUUGUUCACACAGAGGAAGUGAAUCUUCACCAGCACUUGAAAAUUGUCCACACAGAGGAGCUCAGAGAGACUCUGGUGCCUGGAAGAAGUGGAGCUGAGAACCCAUUCAACAGCAGAACACCUCAGUGCUCCAAAGCCCCUGAGACACUCCCCACCCCAACACAGUCCCACACAGGCACUUCAGGGGCCCACAAAUGCCCCCAGUGUGGGAAGAGCUUCCUAUCCAAAUCACGACUAACAAAACACCAGCAAACCCACACAGGGGAGCGGCCAUACCGCUGUUCCCAGUGUGAAAAGAGCUUCAAAACAAAAUCAGAAUUGACAGUCCACACACGAAUGCAUACGGGGGAGCGCCCAUACCACUGCUCCCAGUGUGCGAAGAGCUUUGUCUCGUCAUCGCUCCUGACCAGACACCAGCGAACCCAUGCAGAGGAAGGGUCAUACCACUGCUCCCAGUGUGGAAAGAGCUUCAAAUCUAAAUCAGUGUUGAAAGUCCACACACAAAUCCAUACAGGGGAGCGGCCGUACCACUGCUCCCAGUGUGGGAAGAACUUAAAAUCAAAAAAAGGAUUGACAGUCCACCAGCUAACUCACACAGGGGAACGGCCAUACCACUGCUCCCAGUGUGGGAAGAUCUUUGGCUCGUCAUCGCACCUGACCAGACACCAGCGAACCCAUACAGGGGAGCGGCCACACCACUGCUCCCAAUGUGGGGGGAGCUUCAUUUCAAAAUCAGACUUGACAAUCCACACACGACUGCAUACAGGGGAACGGCCAUACCAUUGCUCCCACUGUGAAAAGAGCUUCAAAUCAAAAUCAGAAUUGUCACUCCACACACGAAGGCAUAUGGGGGAACGCCCAUACCACUGCUCCCAGUGUGGAAAGAGCUUCAAAACUAAAUAUGAAUUGACAGUCCACACGCAAAGCCAUACAGGGGAGCGGCUAUACCACUGCUCCCAGUGUGGGACAAACUUAAAAUCUAAAUCUAAAUUGACAAUCCACACACGAAUCCAUACAGGGGAACGGCCAUACCACUGCUCCCACUGUGAAAAGAGCUUCAAAUCAAAAUCCGAAUUGACAGUCCACACACGAAUGCAUACUGGGGAACGCCCAUAUCAUUGCACCCAGUGUGGGAGGAACUUCAAAUCAAAAUCAGAAUUGACAAUCCACACACGAAUCCAUACAGGGGAACGGCCAUUCCACUGCUCCCAGUGUGGGAAGGGUUUUGUCUCAUCAUCAACCCUGUACACCCACCAGCGAUCCCAUACAGGGGAGCAUCCAUACCACUGCUCCCAGUGUUGGAAAAAAUUCAGAUCAAAAACAGGACUGAAUGUCCACCAACUAACUCACACAGGGGAAGGGCCAUACUACUGCUCCCAGUGUGGGAAGAUCUUUGUCUUGUCAUCACACCUGACCAGACACCAGCGAACCCAUACAGGGGAGCGACCAUACCAGUGCUCCCAGUGUGGAAAGAGCUUCAAAUCAAAAUCACAAUUGAUAAUCCACACACGACUGCAUACGGGGGAGCGACCAUUCCCCUGCUCCCACUGUGAAAAGAGCUUCAAAUCAAAAUCAGAAUUGACACUCCACACACGACUGCAUACAGGGGAGCGACCAUACCACUGCUCUCAGUGUGGGAAGAAUUUAAUAUCAAAAUCAAAAUUGACAAUCCACACACGAAUCCAUACAGGGGAGCGGCCAUACCACUGCUCCCAGUGUGGGAGGAGCUUCAAAUCCAAGUCAGAUUUGACAAUUCACACGCAAAGUCAUACAGAAGAAAGGCUAUACCACUGCUCCCAGUGUGGAAAGAACUUCAAAACAAAAGCAGUAUUGAUAGUCCACACACGGAUCCAUACAGGGGAACGGCCAUACCACUGCUCCCAGUGUGGGAAGAACUUCAAAACAAAAUCAGUAUUGAUAGUCCACACACGACUCCAUACGGGGGAACGACCAUACCACUUCUCCCAGUCUGGGAAGGGUUUCGUCAUCGCACCUGAUCACACACCAGAGAACUCAUAUAGGAUGACAUCAGAAAGCUCAUACAAAGUAGCAUCUAUACCAGUGACGCUUGUGUGUGAUCCGUCAGCUACGUGUUUUAAUACUGUAUUAAUGUGACCUUACAGGUUUGUAUCCUGACACAACGGACACAGAGAGCAGCCAUACAGUAUCGUGUUGCUCAGUGUGGGAAUAUUGAGCCUGAGGGCGGCCUGUAGCGUAGUAGUUAAGAUACAUGACUGGCACCCGCAAGGUCAGUGGCCGGUGUAGCCACAGUAAGAUCCACUCAGCCCUUGGGCCCUUGAGCAAGACCCUUAACCCUGCAUUGCUCAAGGGGAGGAUUAUCACUUUGGAUAAAUGAGAGCCUAUUGAGCCUUUUGGUCUCUUAUUUGGGAGCAAACGCAUGAUAAGGGAUCAUAAGCCUAACUGCACAAUCAGAUGACAAAUGGUGGAAAGGAUGAGUGCUUAAAUUCUGGAUAGUAUUUAGGAAAGUCAGUUUAAUAAUAUGAAAAUAAUUACUGGCUAUGUUUGUUGGAUAUGAACCCUGUUCAGGGAUAACAGUUCAAAGUGUUUACCUUUGUUCCACGUGACCAGUGUAGCCUAGUGGUAGAAUAUUCGACUGGAAACUACAUUUCUUGGUUCAAGCCCUGAGUUGGCAUGUAGGGAUGCUGACCUGCAUCUGGAGAGAUGAAGUUGGGUCCCUAAAAUAAAAAAAUAACCAUGGGCCCUUGUGCAAGACCCUUAACCAAAAAACAGCUCCAGGGGCUUUUAUUUCUGGCUCGCUCUAUCUCUCGUCCCACUUGCAAAAGUUCCCACUGGCAUUUCUCCCAGGGCAUCCUUUUUAAAAUAAAAGAUUCAAAUAUAAAAAAGUCAAAAUUACUGCUUGCUUGAUUAAUGCUGCUUUCCAGAGGUAUCCGGAUUACAUGAAUGCAAGACUACAUGCUGGACUACAACAGGCGGUAUGCCAUAGACUAGGCUGUGACUUGUGCCUUAGACCUGGGUUGAGCAGGGGGGUGGCGAUGGGCGCAAAUUGCAGACUUGUCUUACUGUAAAAUUGCAAUGCGGUGCUCACUCUUGACUGACGCACCCCACUCUUAACCCACUUUGUUGCAGGGUGAGUCAUGAACCUCAGUCCUCUCCCAUCAGGAUUACACAGCCUUCAUGUCCUCUCUGUCAUCUUCCUUUGACUCUGUGUCCCCUCACUACCAGACUAGCCCGGGCCUCCCUCCUCAAUCCUUGGGCUUUCUGAUGCUCUACGAGCUGACUGAACCAAACUGCGGCCAGCGGAGAGAAAAUGGAAAAGGUCCUGUCUCCCCACUGAUAUAGCUUCCUUCCAUGCUCUCCUAUCAUCAUUCUACUCCUCUAUCUGUCUUGCUAAAUCUUCCUUCUUUCACUGUAAAAUGAAUGCAGCCACCACACUCCCGAACUCCCUAUCCUUUUACUCCCCUCUGUCUCUGACACUUUGAAACUCCUCACAUCCCACCGUCCCCUUCCCUUCUCCCCUUUGACAAUCCUUUAAUGACAUUCUCCCUUUUCUCUCCUCUCUAAUCAACACUUCCCUUUCUUCCAGCACUAUGCUCGCUUCCCUUAAGAGGGCCAGAGUCACUCCUCGGCUCAAAAAACCUACUCUUGACCCCUCUGCUCUGAACAACUACCGGCCUCUGUCUCUCUUCUUCCCUUCCAAUCUAAAACUCUGGAACGUGCGGUCUGCUCCCAACUGUCAACUUAACAAUCUUCAUGAUCCCAACCAGUCCAGCUUCAAGAGUGGUCACUUCACAAGGUUUGCCUACCUCUCUGGUCAUUCCUACCGUCCCUCAGGGCUCAGUUCUUGGUCCUUUCCUCUCUAUACACCAUGUCUCUUGGUUCUGUUCCCAUCGCUUUUCUAGCCAUUCUUAGGUCAAAAGCACUUUGUUUCCUUCCCUCCCAAUACCCAGGUGACCAUACAGAUCUCUGCCUGCUUGGCUGAGCUUCUCUCCAUCCCUGCUCCUCUCCGACAAUCGACCUCUCACUGAUUGUUGAGGACUUUGUAGUAUCCUCCUCCCAUACAGCCAAGAAUCUUGGGGUGACUCUUGAUAACCACCUUACCCUCGCUCCACAUAUAUUCUCCACUGCCAGAACCUGCAGGUUCUUCCUCCGUAAUAUAGGCUGUUUCCAUCAUCCCGUGAUGGAGAAAGCCACCCAGCUCCAUGUCCAGGUGCUUGUCAUCUCCCGUCUGGAUUACUACAACUCCCUCCUGGCUAGUCCAGCUGGUCCAGAAUGCUGCAGCCCACCUGACCACCAGUCAGCCCAGGUUGUCUCAGGCCACCCCACUCCUCAUUGGCCUCCACUGUUUUGCUAGUUAUGGAUUUGAUGCUUUUAACCUUUGGAAGAACCUAUGCACUUGGAAUUCGCUUUGGAUUAAAAGCGUCUCCCAAAUGACAAAAUUGUUCAAAUGAAAUUGUAAAUAACAACAGUCCCUCCAACAUCAAAAAGACAACCAGAUUUAUUGUAUUCAUUGUUUUUAAAUAUUUGACAAAAAAUGAAGUAUUCCCUCCAUACCUCCCUCCAAUAAAAAUGAGACGGAUAACAUAUACAGGAAUAAACUAAAGCUGUCUUUGUUCUCAGUGGCACAGUAUAUUGCCAUUGUUUGGCUUUAUUAAUUCACCACAUAAAAUAUUGUGGCAUCUAGGGGGGCAAACUGGGGGCGCACAGUUCCAGGUUGGCGAGAGACCAUUUUGAAUGUAAAUCAAAACAUUCAUUAAUUUUGUUGUUGCCAACAAAAUGUAAUGUGACUGUUUAAGUUAGCUAGCUGUUCAUGUUAAAUAAAAUGUGUGCAUUGUUUGAAAAAAAUGUCGUUGUGUGGGGUGUGUGGGGCAGCU